UUGCUACGUCAUUACACAAGCGUGCACAAAAUGAAUCUAAAGAAUGACAACAUUCUUGAUUAUUCAAUCCCAGUAACAGCUAUACUCCAAGCCACUUUACUUUUGGCAACUCAUUCUUUAAAAUAUCAUCCCCAGUUUCUCACCCUUGCAAAGAUCUUAUUUUUGUACGAGGGAGUUACGACAAAUGAUCAUACAAUUUGAUCAUUUCAAACUUGGCUACAGCAAGCUGAGAACAAACUAACACUAACAGUUCUUUGCAUUGAAAAAUUCAGACGACCCAGCUUUAAUUAAAAAAUUAUUACAGUUCUGACAUUGAAAAUUUCAAAUAGCUGAGCUUUUCCCUUGCAUGGAAAUCUUAUAGAGAAAGAUCAUUGAGGUUCAUUGAAUAUGAGCAAAAAAAUAUUUUCCCAUCAGGCCAUUACCCAAUCAAUAGUCCCUUGCUGAACUUUCUAGGUCACAUAACUCAUUCCUAACACCAAAUAAAUCCAAAUUAAUCACUUUUUCAGGUCAAGUUGACAGGUUCAGAUUCAUAAUAAAGCUAAAUUCAUUAAAUCAUUCUUUUACACUACUAGAUAGUUUCAAGUAAUAUUUAACAAUUGCAUCCAAGCCUACAAACAAAGUUAUGCUUGCUCUUUGCAAUACAUAACGGGGCAUCUAUUUACAGAAAUAAUAGUAGAUCUAGAGCCCCAUAUCAGAAAAAGUCAGAUAUAUUGGUUUUAAGUAGCCAGAUUUAUCUCCAUAUGCCUUAUAAAACAACAAAUAUAAUCUCUCCCAAACAAGACAGCUGAGCUGGGUUUAAUCAUAUGUCAAAAGUGGCAUCAUUUUACUAUAUCUUAAAAUCUUUCCUCCUAAUCUUUCUUCAAAUUCUGCAGCUGAAAAUGGUUACUUCACAGAUAAAUCUUAUUGGCUCUUACUGCUAUGAAGCUGGUAAUUAUACACAGAACAGUACAUACCAAAGAAAUCUCAAUAUUGUCCUAUCAGAUCUCAGCGUAAAAGCUUCAACAACAGGCCUAUAUAAUUCCACCAGAGGACACAGCCCCAACAUAGUCUAUGGCCAAUUCUAUUGCAGAGGUGAUGUCAGUCAUCAGCCCUGCCAAGAAUGUGUACAGUCUGCGGCACAGGAAAUAGUCACCAAAUGCAGUAACCACAAAGAAGCAAGCAUUUCGUAUGAGGGAUGCACCCUAAGUUAUGCAAACAGGUCAAUAUUCUCGCUGUUAAAAACUGAUCCUUUUAAUUGGCAUCAGAACAGCAAUGAGAACAUAUCCAAUCCCACACAGUUAGACCAAGUAAUGUCAACAACUAUCAACAAUCUAAUCAAGAGGGCAGCUUAUAAUGAAACUUACCACGGUUAUGAAACCGGAAAGGCUCCUCUCCCACCUGAUCAAACGUUGUAUUGUGUUGUUCAAUGCUCCCCUGGUAUACUUGGCUCACCUUGUGAAAGUUGCUUGAGUGGCAGUUAUAGAGAAUGGCAGACUUGUUGCAGAGGAAAAGUAUGGGCUGUGAUUUUCCAGCCAAACUGCCAAAUAAGGUAUAAUACGUCACGUUUCCAUCCUCCACUAGCUACACCUCCAGGACAAUCAGGCAAGCAAACAUCGCAUUCAGGUAAAAACAUUAAAAAAAAAAAAAAAAAAAUGGGAAGAACUUUGGAGAAUAAUAAACCCUUUAUAAUUACAACUAUUAAAUAUAUAUCAAAUAAGAACAUAAAUUUUCCAUGGAGUAUUCAAAUUGAAUAUACUAAAGCACCAAGGCCCCCAACCAAAAACAGACUUAGUAAUGCUGUCAAAGGCAUAGUUGGGUGUCUUGGCACUAUAUAUAUAUAUAUAUAUAUGUUGAGGAAGAAACAGCACAGACUUGCAGGCGUCAUCAAAUACAGCUUCAGCGUGAUUAAUUCUGCAACAGAUAACUUUUCAAAUGAUAACAAACUUGGCCAAGGAGGAUCUGGAGUUGUUUACAAGGGGAAGCUUCCAGGUGGCCGGGAAGUGGCUGUUAAGAGGCUCUCAAAAGCCUCUUGUCAAGCUCUUAGAGAUUUUGAUAACGAAGUUCAGCUAAUAGCCAAGAUUCAACAUGAAAAUCUUGUCAAACUGUUGGGGUACAAAGUUAUUCAGAUUGUAGUUCGUGCUGUCACUCAUGAUCAUGAAUAUUCUAUAGAUCCAAAGAAGGUCAAGCUAUUAGAUUGGGAAACACGGUUCAAAAUCAUAACAGGAAUUGCGCGAGGACUUCUGCACCUUCAUCAGGAUUCAGACUACAAAAUUAUUCAUCGGGACCUGAAACCAGACAACAUAUUGCUAGACGAGGAGAUGAACCCAAAGAUAGCAGACUUUGGGGUGGCAAGGCACCUGAGAAUAGGUCAAACAAAGGCAAAAACCAAAAAACUUCGUGGAACACGAUGCACACCUUUGUGA